GCUCAAGGCAUUUUUGUGUAUAUAACAUUCUGAAACGCAAAGAACGCGGAACAUCGCGGAACUUGUGAUUCGGAGCCGCCAUGUCCACACCAGAGACCCGGAAUGCUUUGAAGUUUACCAGAAUGUGCAAAUACUGGGAUGCCAGGCGAUGCUACGAUGGCAACCAGUGCACUUUUGCACAUACGUCGGCAGAACUACGGGGCGCCCCCAGCUUGGUUCGCACGCAGCUGUGCUACCAGUUCCGCAAGGGUCAGUGCAGCAGGGGUGCAGCUUGUACCUUCGCCCACGGCCAAGAGGAGCUACGUCCGUCAAGUGUGGAAGUCCAGCGCUCGGGGGACCCCAAGAUGGGUUCUUUGGGUAUCACUGGGCGCCAAAAAAAACCAGCCGAAGACUCACAGAUGAUGGAGUUGCUGAAGAUGCACGAACUUCAGCAGAUGCAGUUGGCUCUCCAAUCCUAUGGCCCCUCGUUGAACGAGGUGCAGAGAGAGAUGGCCUGGAGUGUGUCGCCAGUCUCCCGGAGCCCAGGCUUGGGUGGAAACGAAGCAUUCAGCCCUUCUGGGAGUGAAUCUUUCUGGCUUUGAACCUUUGAACCCAGAAUGUGAGGUAAACCUGACAAUAACUAGCCGCGUUUUGGUAUGUUUAUGGGUUUUAAUACCUGGUUCUAGAAAAAGAUGUAAAUCGGGUAUGUUUUAUUGUUGGGUUUACCAUAUGUGGGCUUGUCCAAG